GAUGAGCUCCUCUCUGGUCAUUAACUGCACCUACGAGUACCCAGACGGCCUCCCCAUCGUGGUAGAGAAGUGGACGAUGAAUUCGGAGCAGGACGACGGCCAGAAAGACGUGACGGUCUACCACACCGAGGAGAGCAAAGUGAGCCCGUCAUACCAGCACCGCGCCGUCUACCUGGGGAGCAACAACAGCGUCUGCUCACUGAGGAUCCACGACGUGACGAGGAGCGACCGGGGGCUCUACCGAUUCCGCUUUGAGUCGAUCGAGGAGAGAAACAGGUGGACGCAGGUGCCUGAUGUGGUGGUAGAUGUCGCAGAGUCAAUCGAGGCUGAUAUUGUGGCCUCAUCAGCCACCGUAAUCAAAGAAGGCGACAAGGUCGCAUUGGUCUGCAAUUCAAGCUGCAGCCUGGACCAAGUGCCGCUGGUCUGGUAUAAAGAUGGCAAAGAAGAGUCGGGAAGAAGAAGCAACGUGCUGCCCUUUGCUCAGAUCUCCUACACCGACGCUGGAGUUUAUUUCUGCGCAGAUGUCGACAAUCGACAGGUCCGCUCUCAGGAGGUGUCGCUGGACGUCCUCUAUGCGCCGAAGGAGACGGUCGCUUCAGUAAAUCCUGGACAAGUCAUCCUGGAAGGGACGCCAUUACAUCUGAGCUGCAGCUCUAAAGCGAACCCCCCGUGUAACUACAGCUGGUUUAAAGAAAACGGGGGCGUCAGCAUGAAAACAGGGUCUGAGCAGAAGCUGAGGAUCGAGACAGCGACCUCCAGUGACAGUGGGGUGUAUUACUGCCAGGCGACAAACGGACACGGACAGGAGACGUCCAGAGGAGUGACGGUGGACGUGGCGUAUGCGCCGAGGAGGACACAGGUCACCUCGAGUGUCCCUGGACUUUUAUUAGAAGGGACAUCAGUGACGCUGACUUGUAUGGCCGACGCAAACCCAGCUGGCACCUACGCCUGGUUUAAGGUGAACGGAGACACAACUGCGGAGAAGGCGACGGGACGGAGCUGGAGCUUCACUGCAGUGACCCCUAGUGACGGCGGAGUGUAUUACUGUGAGGCACGAAACCGACAUGGAGAGGAGAAAUCGAAACCUGUGACUCUGGACGUGCAGUAUGCGCCAAAGAACACGACGGUCACCUCGAGUGUCCCUGGAAUUUUAUUAGAAGGGACAUCAGUGACACUGACUUGUAUGGCCGACGCAAACCCAGCUGGCACCUACGCCUGGUUUAAGGUGAACGGAGACACAACUGCGGAGAAGGCGACGGGACGGAGCUGGCGCUUCACUGCAGUGACCCCUAGUGACGGCGGAGUGUAUUACUGUGAGGCUCGAAACCGACAUGGAGCGGAGAAAUCGAAACCUGUGACUCUGGACGUGCAGUAUGCGCCAAAGAACACGACGGUCACCUCGAGUGUCCCUGGACCUUUAUUAGAAGGGACAUCAGUGACACUGACUUGUAUGGCCGACGCAAACCCAGCUGGCACCUACGCCUGGUUUAAGGUGAACGGAGACACAACUGCGGAGAAGGCGACGGGACGGAGCUGGAGCUUCACUGCAGUGACCCCUAGUGACGGCGGAGUGUAUUACUGUGAGGCUCGAAACCAACAUGGAGAGGAGAAAUCGAAACCUGUGACUCUGGACGUGCAGUAUUCUCCAAAGAUGUCCGUCAUGCCCGUCAGCCUCUCCGUGGCCAUGUUAGAAGGAAGCUCGGUGACGCUGCUCUGCGGGCCCACCGCCAUCCCAGACGCCAGCGGCUCCUCGUGGUUUCACGUGACCGGCCGUGGUGUGUCCAGGAGGGCCGACGCUGACGCCUUGACCCUCACAUCAGUGACCCCCCGCUGACAGCGGCCUGUAUUACUGCACGAGGAGCAGUGGGCACACGGCCGACAACGCGACGGCUCUGAUUCUGGACGUGCAGUAUGCUCCAAAGAACACAGUGAUGUCCAUGGAUCCUGGUGGCAGCAUACUAGAAGGGGACACGGUCACUCUGUCCUGCUCAUCCGUGGCCAAACCAUUAAGCAACUACAGCUGGUAUCAAGUGAAGGGAGCUGCCGUCAUAAAGAG